AUGGAGCGUCUGCCUAAUGAGUUAUGGUUGUUAAUUUUCAAAUAUAUGCAUCAUGUGGACAUUGUGUAUGGAUUUUUACAACUAAACAGUCGUUUCCAAGUGCUAACUUUACCCUAUAUUCAGCAUAUCAAUCUCAGUAAUGUAUCUUUCACCCAAUACAAUCGAUUUUGUUACUAUAUCCUUCCAAAAUAUCAUGCUUUAAUACAAUCAUUAAAAUUGAAGAAAUAUUAUCAAUUCCAAUUGUUUAAGGAACAUAUUCUAAAGGUGACUAAUACUCUCCGAUCUCUAACAUUAGAAAGCAAUGGUUUCUAUGAACAGACAAGUACUGCUGAUGAAUCAGACUUCUAUUUAAAACAUCUGAAGGACUUUAAAAAACUCGCUGAUCUUCAAUUUAUCGGACAAUUUGAUUCUUCGACUGAUUCAAAUCUAUUCAUUUAUGCCAGUCAAAUUUCAACAUUGGAAACAUUGACUAUAUUGACUCAAUCUCUCCAUUCUUCCGCAACACCAAAGAUCCAAUGCAACAAUCAAUUUGCCACACAGUUGCCGAAUUUGAGAGUCAUCAAAAUGAAUCUGAUCGAUCUGAGUGAACUGACUCAUCUAGUGAGAAUCACACAGCAAAUUCAAGAAAUCUACCUAUCUGUACGCAAUGUUCGGAUUCCUACUGAGAUUUCCGAUAUGAUGAACGACAAUAACAAUAUCUCAUCAGUUCAGAAAUUACAUAUCGAACUCAGUACAUCGUACACUAAACUACUAUGUGAAUGUCAACUUCGUGACGUAUUCAAAUUCUUCUCCGAUCUCUGUCAUCGGUUACAUUCUCAUCUAAGUUCAUUCGUACUGAUCAUGUCGUUAGCAAUGCCUAGAAAGGAAUUGUUACCUGUCGAUCUAAAUGAACUAAAACAACUGAAAUCUCUCACAUCGUUUCAGUACUUAAUCCAUACAGAUUACCCCGUUAAACCAUGCGAUGGUUUCGAGAAUAUUCAACAUCUACCCGAUGGCACCUAUUUUCUCCAUACCACGAUCUGUCCAAGUAGUUUUACUGGAAAUACAUUUCCACAUCAUUAUUCUAAAGCAUAUGUCUUCAAUCAAGCGUCGCUGCGAUUCCUAUAUAAUGCACACACUGUUUUCAUCAAUUCAGACUUCAGCUCAUCAAUUGCGUUUCCAUUCCCACUGUUGAAACUACAGAAACUAACUGGCUAUUGUCUUGGAACUUCUACAAAAAGAAAACUACUUCAUUCACUUAUUCUACUAUCGCCACAUUUAAGAUAUCUCUGCUUAAGUAAUAAUCAGCCGAAAGAACUUCGAGAAAUAUUUGAAUUAUGCGGAAAAUCAUUGAAAAACAUCAUCUCAUUAGAAUGUGGUGACUAUGGUUUGUAUUCAACAUUCUUCGUUCAUAUUGGCAAACUUAUGCCAUACUUGAGGCACUUGAAGUUAUAUUAUACCAGUCUUGGUAAUGAAAUAUCACCUAUAUCAGUGAUCAGUGAUAUACAAGAGUAUUGUCCACAACUGAGAAAUCUACACUGGAUUAUUUUCAAGAAAGACAUUACAGCAAAUCCAAAUAAAAGAUAUAUGUACGAUGAAUUCGUCGAGUUAAUCGAACGGAAACUCAGCUAUAAUAAUCUUUGGUAUUCAUAUGGAAUUAACCUUCCAUCUCGCGAGGAUUACGCCGAUAUUUGGUUUUGA